CUCAAUUGAAGAUUUUCGCAAACCUCACAAUUUUCCAACUUCCACACACACAACGACACACGACCAUCCAUUGUUGCAGGCCUUCAUUUCCAACCUGGUAUGUUACCCAUAUCCUUCUUGACCUUCCUAACCUUCCUAACAUUAAUCAUAAUCUUGCUUUAUUUUAAUUAGCUAACCAUUGUUCUUUCUUUUCCUCAUUACAGUCAAGAUGGGUGCCCUCAAGUACGUCGAAGAGCUUCAGAAGAAGAAGCAGUCUGAUGUUCUGCGAUUCCUCCUCCGAGUCCGCUGCUGGGAACUCCGUCAAUUGAACGUCAUCCACCGCGCGUCCCGACCUUCGCGCCCCGACAAGGCUCGCCGUCUUGGUUACAAGGCCAAGCAGGGCUAUGUCAUCUACCGUGUGCGUGUCCGCCGUGGUGGCCGCAAGCGCCCCGUUCCUAAGGGUGCCACCUAUGGCAAGCCUACCAACCAGGGUGUCAACCAGCUGAAGUACCAGCGAUCCCUCGCAGCCACUGCCGAGGAGCGUGUCGGACGUCGUUGUGCCAACUUGCGAGUCCUGAACUCGUACUGGAUCAACCAGGACUCCACCUACAAGUACUACGAGGUCAUCCUCGUCGAUCCCCAGCACAAGGCCAUCCGCCAAGAUCCUCGCAUCAACUGGAUCGUCAACCCCGUACACAAGCACCGCGAGGCUCGUGGUCUUACCGCUACCGGCAAGAAGUCCCGUGGCCUCAACAAGGGCCACCGCUACAACAAGACUCGUGCUGGUCGCAGAAAGACCUGGAAGAAGCACAACACCCUCUCUCUAUGGCGUUACAGAUAGGCGCGCACUAGAGGUGGCGGUUAGGGGACGAAUAGCAUGGUCGUGGUUAUGGGAUGGGAUGAGGUCUUUCCUCACGGUCGAUAGGGCAUGCGUAUGGCUCAUGAAUUCUGCUUGGAGUUACUCUACAUAGUCGAGCAAGGAAUGAAAAAACCCUUGCCGGGGCGAAAAGUAUUUGCUUCGUCUAACGCAAUAUCCAACGCUUUAUGGUCUUAGUGAUACCACCUAAUGAGAAGCCCAUGAAUAUAUGAAAAGACGUUAAAGUCAUUGACUGUCCCUCCAUGAACUUGAGCUAUCAUUUUUUCUUAAUUCUGACCUCUGUUAUACAUGGAAUACCGGAACUGCUAAUCGGCAAAGUGCAUGUAUACUAUUAGUAGCAUUAAAAUAAUUGAAGUCCAUACAUACCUAUCUACCUAGCCGGACGUAGAAAAGGCACCUAGAUCCACGAGCUUUAGCCCUUAGCCCGUAGCCUGGGG